UUGGCUUCUCACCAAAGGCGUGCUAGUUGUAGUCUCUUUGAGCAUUCCUUUAUGGUCUUUCUCUCGCAGGUGACGGGAAGAUGCCAGCAAUGUAUCUUCAGACUCCUUUUGUGUGGGGUGGAGCAGAAACCACCAACAUCGUGGCACCUGGUCAGGACCCGGUGACUUUUGAGGAAGUGGCUGUGCAUUUUACAGAGGAAGAGUGGGAGUGGCUGGAUCCGGACCAAAAGGCUUUGCACAGAGAAGUCACGGAGGAGAUCUGCUGGAUGUUGUACACUCUUGAUGAUGAACAGCACGGUGAGAACAACCCAGGUCUGUCUGUGGAGCCCUUUGAAAGAAUUGAUCAUGAAGCAGGAAAACAGAGGUAUGGAAAAUCGAGGGGAGAGAAAUGGUACAGAGGUAACCAACUAAAGAAUGGGAAUGAGAAAUCUUCAGCUGAUGCUCCUCAACUCCCCACUCUUCUGCAAGACCAGGAAACAAAAAGGAGAAAGCAUUCUGUCCCUGAGGAGAUAUUCAAAUAUAAUUGGGACCAAGAUAGACAGGGCAGAGUCCAUGCACUGGAGAAAAUAAAGGAUUGCAGGGAAGGUGGAAACCGCCUCCCUGUGGAAAUUGAUCUUGCUUCAUAUGAAAAGAUUGAGGCAGGAAAGAAACUGUAUGGAUGCAUAGAGUGUGGAAAGGGGUUCACUGCGAAGCGUACUCUGUUUUUACAUCAAAGGACACACACAGGAGAGAAACCAUUCAGAUGCAUGGUAUGUGGGAAGAGCUUCAGUCAAGGCAGUACUCUAAGUAGACAUCAAAGAAUUCACACAGGGGAGAAACCCUAUAAAUGUAUGGAAUGUGGAAAGAGCUUCAGUCAGAACAGUCACUUGAGUUCACAUAAAAGAACUCACACAGGGGAGAGACCCUAUAAAUGCAUGGAAUGUGGAUUGUGCUUCAGUCAUAACAGUAACUUGAGUUCACAUCAAAGAACUCACAUAGGGGAGAAACCCUAUACAUGCAUGGAAUGUGGAAAGAACUUCAGUGAAAACAGUCACCUAAGUUCACAUAAAAGAACUCACACAGGGGAGAGACCCUAUAAAUGCAUGGAAUGUGGAUUGUGCUUCAGUCAUAACAGUAACUUGAGUUCACAUCAAAGAACUCACAUAGGGGAGAAACCCUAUACAUGCAUGGAAUGUGGAAAGAACUUCAGUGAAAACAGUCACCUAAGUUCACAUAAAAGAACUCACACAGGGGAGAGACCCUAUCAAUGCAUGGAAUGUGAAAAGAGCUUCAGUCAGAGAUCAAGUCUACAUCGUCAUCUAAGAACGCACACAGGGGAGAAACCCUAUCAGUGCAUCGAAUGUGGAAAGAGCUUCAGUGACAGUAAUAAUCUUUCUGUACAUAAAAGAACACACACAGGGGAGAAACAGUAUGAAUGCAUGGAAUGUGGAAAGCUGUUCAUUGAUAGCAGUCGACUUAGUUCACAUCAAAGAACACACACAGGAGAGAAACCAUAUACAUGCAAGGAAUGUGGAAAGUGCUUUGGUCACAGCAGUCAUCUAAGUUCCCAUAAAAGAACUCACACGGGGGAGAAACCCUAUGAAUGCGUGGAAUGCGAAAAGAGCUUCAGUCGGAGAUCAAGUCUACGUUCUCAUCUAAGAUCACAUACGGGGGAGAAACCCUAUGAAUGCACAGAAUGUGGAAAGAGCUUCAGUGAAAGCAGUAAUCUUUCUGUACAUAAGAGAAGACACACGAGGGAGAAACCCUAUGAAUGUUUGGAAUGUGGAAGGAGCUUCAGUCAGAGAGGUAACCUUAGUUCACAUCAAAAAACUCACACAGGAGAGAAACCAUAUGAAUGCAUGGAGUGUGGAAAGACCUUUGGUCAGAGAGGUAAUCUUGGUUUACACCAAAGAACUCACACAGGGGAGAAACCAUAUAAAUGCAUAGAAUGUGGAAAGAGUUUCAGUAGAAACGAUCAUCUCUCUAUGCAUGAAAGAAAGCACGUACAGAGACAUGGAGCAAAUCACAUGAUAAAGCCAUGCAACUAUAUGGAAUGUGGAAGCAGCUUCCAUCUAAGUGGCCUUCUUACUAUCCACGAAAGCUUACACAUGAGCAGAAACCAUAUCAAUACAGGAAAUGUGGAAUAAGCUUCACUAUGAACAACGACCUUACUUUACACAGGAAACAGUCCUACAAAUGCACGGAAUGUGGGAAGAGCUUGUGUCAAAGGAGUUCUCCGAGUCUGUCCUGCUCUGGAUACAUUGUGAGAAGGAAAGAUUGAUCUGUGUUUUUAAAGGGUUUAAUUUCAGCUGGUUGGAAAGGUCUUCUAAUACAGAGGUUAGUUGGGGCUCAAUUCCCCCUUGACAGUCAAGGUAAGAAUUUGGAAUAGUGAUGUUGGGUCCAUUCUAAGUGGGUGCCGGACCAACGCCAUAUUAGAUAUCACUGUGGAAAGACACACCCAAUACUUGGAUUAUAUUUCACACUUGUAGUGAACAUACUGUAAAAGCUGGGAGAAAGCUGAUCUCAACUCUUACACAAGCCAAAAACUCUAGUUGGAUUGACACUAUGACAGAGCUGGACAUGGCAAGCAGCAGCCGGGAAGCUUAGAGGCUACUGAAAAAUAGUGAACAAGAAUCCAAAUCAACGGACACGGGAAAUAUAACCCCUAACCAAAUAGCACACCAAUUGCUCCUGGCAGGGAAGACUAACCAAUGCAGAAUAUCAAUAAAACACCAGGGGGUUAUCCAAAGUGAUUUCAAUGAAGUUUCUUCUGCCUUAAUAUUAGCAGAACUAGAGGAAGCCAUAACAAGAUCCAUCUGUUGUCUAAAAUUGAACCUCUUUGAAUUCCAGACGAGGCAGGCUUUAAAGCUGACAAGGGCUGUGUGGCUCUAAUCUUAAAUCUCAUCCUCGGUAUGUAGAAGAUGGUUUUGAAACACAUGAAGUAACUGGAGCAACAUUUGUCGACCUUACAGUGGCACACGAUACGGUCCACCAUCAAUAGCGGCUUGAAAAUCUGUACCUCAUUAUGAAAGUUUAUGGUCCAACUGAAACAGUCUCCAUUCCACUUCAAAACUGAAGAUUCUGUGUGGAACUUCAACGGAAGCACAGUCACUGGAGAGAACAAAGGAACGGCCUUCCUCAGGGUAGUAUCAAGGCAUUCACACUUUUUAGCAUUUACAUAAAUUACCCAUGUUACCAUACUUCACGAGUUUCAUCUGUGCUGGCGAUCUUUCUUUGAUGGUCUAUACCAGCAAUGGUGAACCUAUGGCACACGUGCCAGAGAUGGCACGCAGCGAUUUCUCCAUCAGCACAUGAGCCAUAAAUCACUGGAUCGCUACUCCCACCCACAGCCAAACAUCAGAAACUGCACGAUCAUAAGCCACCUAUCCCUGCUACCUUCCUUGGUUGCGGCACUUGGAAAUCAGUUCUUUUGGAGAUCGUAGAUAAUACUGCUUUUCUGUUUACUGCUGUCGUGGAGUCUGCAACAGUGAAUCUGGCUUGUGAAUUACUACUUCCACUGGACAUGACUACAAGCAGGAAGGAAAGCUCCAAUUAAAAUGGAAAGGAAGGCACAAGGGAGGGACUGGUGGAUUCCUCAAGCUUGUUUGCAUGUAACAAUAGGAAACUGGGACCUACUGAUCUGAAGCAACUGAUUGUAGAAAAUUUAGUGUGUGUCUCUGUGUGAGAGAGAGACUGACUGUUUCCUAAAACCAUGA